AUGAGUUUUGUACAGGAAGCUUAUUUUUACCCUAAUACUUCGUUCCCUUCGGACUCUUUACCUGGUGGCAAUUCCCAACGGGAAUCGCUACUGUAUGACGAUUCAAUCAAACUUGAAUGUCCGAUCUGUAAUGAAGCUAUGAUCUCUCUUGCUCAACUUAAUCAACAUUUGGACGACGUUCAUAGCGAAGAAUCUAACGCGAAGAAAGAUAUCAUCUUAAGUUGGUUUAAGAAUGCGCAAAGUACUCUUAUGAAGCCGCUAUCAAAAGCAAAACUAGCAAGUCUGCCUAAUCAAUUAUCUCAAACUGUGACGCAAACCGUGAUCAACAAACUGAGCGAACUAGACGUACUUGACGAAGGUUCUGAACUAGUGACUAGAAGUCAUUGGCAAAGAGAGAGUGAGAACGAUCAGUGCUCACACUCUAACUGUGGGAAAACAGUGAAUUUAAGAAACGGCAAAUAUAAUUGUCGCAAUCGCCAGGCAUCGCAUGAUCCGGUAAAUGGUUAUUGGUCGCGUGUUUGCAAUAACUGCUAUAAAUCUCGAGACGGCUAUUUGGAUGAUCAAGGUGUCGUGUCUUCUCGUACAGAAGAGUUUAAACAGAACCGCGUUCUAUGUACUGAGAAAGCUCAUCUUGAAGGAAACAGGCUCGAGAAACGGCUAGAAAAGCUUGCAAAAGUUUAUGCGACGAAAAUAAAGACGGGUAACUCUGCACAAAGUGGGUUGGCACCACCACUUACUCUAAAACAUCGUCGAAGAGCUUCGGAGCAGUCUAUAGUCAAAUGGGAAGAUGACGCUUCAGUAACUCACUGUCCUUUGUGCAAUUCUCCUUUCGGAAAGAUUACGAACCGUAAGCACCACUGUCGUUUAUGUGGACGCAUUAUCGACGAGAAAUGCUCUUCGAAAGUCUCACUACAUACGAACGAUUAUACAGAAAACGUUGAACACGAUUCUGUUGGCCAAGUACGCGUCUGCAAAGAAUGUCGAAAUGCAGUAUUCAGACGAAGGGAAUACAUUGAGGAAGUCUCCAAAACUCCCCAAGUUGUCAUGUUAUAUCAGAAAUUAACCAAGAUUCGAAGCGCCAUCGAUCAGACAUUACCCAAAUUUCAAGAAAUGCUUGUCAUGUUAAAGAGUCAAGAGAUAGUUAAUCAGACACAUGCAGACUAUCAAGUUGCUGCUCGUACACGCAAAGAGCUCCUAGAAUACUUCACUCAAUUUGAUGCAAUUAACAAGAAAAUAAAUUCACUGGCUACCAAUAGUGAAACUCAACGACGUCUUCAUUCUAAUAUAUAUCUUGCUGCUAAUCAUUUGCCAAGCAUUAAAAUGCAAGGCAAAGCCCACCCCGGCGCGACCGUUGCCGAAGGUCGUACCCUGCCCAAACCCUGCGAAGAGGAGGCCGACUCUACUGGUGAUCUUCUUGCUGUUAUUGCCACACGACGUAAUCGAUCUCUAUCUGUCUCGUCUUCCAAAUCAACUAGAUCUACAAAAUCAACCAAAGGUGAAAAGUUGAGACAGCAGUUGGGUGUACUCGAAGAACAAGAAAAACUUGUUGAAGAAUAUAUCUCCAAGGCAACGAGGAAGAGGAAGAUUGAAGAUGUACAGACAUUGAAGGCAUCGUUGGAUGAAUUGAGACAAGAGAUUGAUAUAAAAAAGCAGCAACUGGUUGAGCUCUCGUAA